AUGAUCCUCAGGUCCGUGGCGCUCAUCGCGACCGCGUCGGCGCUCCAGCGCUUGCCGGCGCCGCUGGCGCGCCGCAACGGCUUGAACGGCAUGCGCGGGAGGUCGUUGUCGCGGCGACGCGUGCUCGACGUGCCGGUCGACGCGGAGAACAGCGUCUCCGAGCUCGCGGAACUCAUCGCGGAUCUCGGGGCCGCGGACCUCAACGCGCGUCCGCCCGCGCCGCUUCCCGUCCUGAGCAACCUCGAGGAGCUGCGGUCCUUCAAGUUCUUCAGCCUCUACAGCAUCGACAUGCUCGCGAACUGCGCCUACAUCGGCGGCGCGGUCGACGAGUGCGAGUUCGACGCGUGCGAGGUGCUCCCCGAGGAGCCCGCGCCGCUGGACCUGCUCGAGCGCGACGGCGGCGAGCGGACCUUCGAGCUCGACGCCUGGGCGCGCUUCGACCUGCCGAGCGAGGACUACUACGACCUCGAGGCCUACCCCGAGGGCUACACGGCCUACGACGGGAGCCACGUCUGGCGGUUCAUCUACGACAACCUGUCCUUCGCGGGCUCGACGAAGGCGCGGAGGACCUGCAUCGGCGGCAUCUGCCCCGAGGACGACGAGAACGGCUGGCGCGCCGUCUUCGACCGGUCCAUCUCGGGCAUGCACGC